AUGGCUAAGUGCAAUCAAGUGAAGAUGUGGAUUCAGCUGCUUAUUCCACGUGUCGAAGACGGAAACAACUUUGGCGUCUCUAUUCAGGAGGAUGCUGUUGGUGAAGUUGGUCGUAUUGAGGGAGAGGUUGUCACUUACCUGGACGCCAUUUCCAGAUAUUACCUGACCCGUGCCAAACUUGUGUCCAAGCUUCUCAAGUACCCGUCGGUGGAUGACUACCGUCGUUCAGUGGCUGAGGUUGACCAGAAGGAGUUCCUGACACUUCGACUGACCUGCUGUGAGAUGCGCAAUGCUUACUGUAUUCUGCACGACAUGAUCACGAAGAACAUUGAGAAGAUAAAGAAGCCGCGCAGCAACAACCUGGACUCGCUCUACUAG